AUGGUCCUCUGGUUCAAUACCGUGUGGAACUUUGUUCAUGUGCAAUUUGGGUUUCAUUGUGCAGGUUCAAAUCAUUCAUCCUGUCCAACGACUACCGAAGAUGACAAGUUGCAGCAAGGACACCUCCACCACUGUGAUCAUUGUGACUAUGAAACAGGAAAACUGUCUGAUCUGAAAGCACACGUUAAGGCCCACACCGGAAAGCUGCCCUUUCAAUGCCCUUUGUGCCCUUACAGCUUCUCACGCAGAUGCCUCCUGGUUAGGCAUUUGCGCGUUCACACAGGCGAGAGGCCAUAUCAGUGCCCAUCAUGCUCUCUGAGCUUCUCACAAAAGGGCACACUUAACACACACCUGCGUGUCCACACUGGUGAACGGCCGUAUAAAUGCCAUUUGUGCCCUCAGAGCUUCUCACACAGAACCGCUCUAAAUGUUCAUUUGCGCAUCCACUUGGGCGAGCGGCCAUAUCAUUGCCCCUCCUGCUCUCGGACUUUUGUGGAUAAGAGCCAUCUGAAUAUUCACCAACGCAUCCACUCAGGUGAGCGACCAUAUCAGUGCCCCUCAUGCCCUCAGGCUUUUGUGAAUAGCGGCCAUCUGAAUGUUCACCUACGCGUCCACUCAGGCGAGCGACCGUACAGCUGCACCAUCUGCUCGAAGUCCUUUGCGCGGUCUGGUACCUUGAAGAAACAUAUGAAAACACAGCACCGUACUUGCACUGAGUAAGUCACCAGCCCUGUAGGUGUGCAUCAUGUAUUAGGUAGAGUCAAGUUAUGAAUCUACAUACCUGCGCAGUGUGCUGCAUGGCAUUGUGGUGCAUCAGGAAGCAAGUGUUGAUAAGUCUUUAUAUGUUUAACUGCCAAGCCACUUCACAAGAUGUUUCGGCAUAAUCUAGCAAGUUGCAGGGAGAAAGGGCUGAUAUUGCUUUCAUUUAUGAAAGGUAUCCUUUCAUGUGCAGGCCUAACAAAUUGAGAAGGGAUCAUCCCUCAACUUUGCUUUCAAAACACUGCUGUUUGCAUUGAGAUAGUCAAAAUAAAUUC